AUGGCGAAAGUUUUGAGCGAAUCUCACUUCUCUCGCCUUGUUUCUGCAACAAAACGGCCAAUUGAAGACAUAAAUGAAAUUGUUGCUGCGUUACAAUCAUUACGCAGUUCGAUUUCAUUGAAAUGGUUUGAACAAUUUUCUGAUUUUGAACCAGUAACAUCCAUGGUCGAAGUAUGGAGACUUUUAUUUCAUCUUUCUGGACACUCAGAAGCAAUCAUCAGACUCAAUUCUUAUUCAUGUUUAGGUGCAAUUAUUGUUACUAUCGCGCCAAUAUUUCCCAAGGUAAUUUCAUCAUCAUUUUCACAAGCCGUACUAGAAAUAGAAGUAUCUCCGAAUGUUUCCAUUGCAAUUAUUAGUUGUUUUACACAUUUAAUUCACUUUAUUGCACCAAUAGAAGUCAAUAAUUUCAUUCUUAAUACGCCCGUGCUACAUCAUUUCGGAAUAGAUGUAAGUCAGUACAUACAACAUCUUCCACAUAUUGUUAAAUUAAUGGGACCUUUAGAAAAACAGUUCCAUCAAGCAUUACUACGCUCUCUGCUCAUCUCAUUCGGAAGAAAUCCAAAUCAUUCAUUCGUUGAAGUCGCAAAUAUAUUAAUUUCGAUGAAUCCAAAAAUAUUAAUCCAUGAUACUUUGGAAUUUUCACGAUCUAACAACUUAAAUCAAAUCAUUCUGGCUUUAGGACCCGAAAUAUUACAAAAUCCUACCAUUUACAAUGAAGUUGUUUCGAAUAAUUACUUAAAUGAUUUUCUUAACAUGUCUUUAUCAGUUUUAGAGACAGAAACACAAAAUCUCACUGAUUUUGAACGUGCUUCAUCUACUCUCGUGUUAAUUGCAAGGAAUUCUCCAGAGCAUUUACAAAAAAUUUCCGAAAAAUGUUCAAAAUUAACAAUUCCUAAGCAUUUGAGGAAAUUCUAUGUAUUGCUACCUGUUCCUAAGGAAGAAUUACUACCAGACGAAGCAGAUCCAAGCAGUCUGGCCUGUGCAAAACUCAGAGCUUUGAAAGAUUUCGUAAUUAGAAACAAUAAUGAGGAAGGAAAGAAAUUUGUAAUAGACAUAUUAGUGGAGACACAUAAGAAGGCCACAGGAGACAUCUUCUGUGCAUUUUGCGAAGCGUUUGGCGAUCCAUUUAACAUUUUAUUUACGAUUUCAGAUGAAAAUUCCAAAAAACAGUUGGGAAAUAUUCUCAAUUCAAUUUUGAAUAUGGACAAUCUCAACUGGGUACAACAAGAUGCCAUUGUAAAGUUAUUUGACGUAUUAGAUGUGAAUCAAGCUGCAACAGCCAUUGAUAAAUACGUACCUCGUGCUCAGAAGCAUCUCCUUGAGUGUUGCUUCUCAUCACAUGAAUCCCUUUCAGCUAAUGCAAUUACGGUUUUGACAAAUUUCACUACUCUGCUUACGAUACAUCAGAUUGUAGCGGAUAUAUAUAAAUAUGACAUGUUCAGCAUCGAUGUUGCCUUUAAGAUAUUGAAAUUACUGAAUUCUCUUCUGGCAGAAUUCGGAAUUUCGAAACCUCUUAAAGAGAUCGCUCCAACUGUAGAAGAAAUAAUCAUGUUAUACGAAGACCCUAAGAUUGCUUCCGAAGGUUUCCUUUAUCUCGCAAGGCUUAAGCACGAAUCGAAAUCUGUCCCGGUAAUUGCAAGGGCGGCUGACUGGAUGAACGCAAUAUUCGCGUCAUUCACACAACGAGAAAUGCAGAUGGCCUUCGAUUUCAACCAUUUGGAGAUUCCAAAUUAUUUAACUUUGGUUGAAACGGAUUUAGUGGCCAAUAUCCUCCCGACAACUUACGAAGCUGUUCCUGGUAUCAUAAACUGCUUCGAAUACCUCAUAAACUGCAAAUUGAUCAAUAUGCAGCUGAUUAAUCUGAUGGCAUACCAAAUUUUGCACCUUUUCCCAAGAGAAGUCGCAGCCCUUUGUAUGCUAAAGCUCGAUACAUCAUCCCAGGAGUUUGUAAACCUUGCUUCCGCGAUACUUACGAUAAUGAAUUGGACAUCAAGUAUAGAUUCAGCGGCAACAUGCUGCGAUUUCAUAGUACAAGCUCCGAAAGUCAUUGUAGAAGGUGCUGCAAAGAAUGUUUCAGCGAUUCUGGAGUCAGGAAGAGUAAAAACUGGAGAUAAUUUAUUCAGAUUUUACAGAAUUCUUAGUUUGACUGACCAUAACCUUGCUGAAGACCUUUGCAGUAGAUGUAAGGAACAGUUGCCGUAUGGAGAACGCGUUAUUUUUGAUUUAAAGAGAGGAUUAUCAAAUGAUGUCAAUAGAUACAUAUCUUCAACACCUUUUGAGGAUAUAAACAUCAAUGAUGCCGAUCUUUAUACUUAUAUAUCCGGAAUUGAUGCAAAAGGAAUACUUUUUGUUGAUAAUUUUGAAAAAUUAUCUUCAAAGCAUUGGAAAUACAUUGUUAAGAACUUAGAACAGUUCAAACCAAUGAUACAAGAAUACAUGGACAAGCACAUCUACCAAAUGAAUCACUACAUCGAAAAUAUUGAUCCGACAAAAGAAUUUUCUUUCGUUCCAGAGAAAGGAAGCAAGAUUUCAUCAUUAGCGCCAAGACUAUUGAACGGAACAUUCCAGUUUAAUGCUCCUUUACUGAUGAAUUUCUUCAGAUUUUCUUUUAUCAAAAUAAAGGAAGAUAUUAUUGGGCCAAUACUCUACGAAGCCAUCAGAAAGAUUGAUCAUCCUGAAGUUGCCGAUCUUUGUGGCUAUAUAAUUGAUUAUUGCACCAGAUAUAACAUUAUUAUCCCAGAAACAGCCGUUUUAUCUCUUUUAGAGGUAAAAGACAACAUUCUCAUGAAGUAUCUGAUGAGAUAUGCUGGUAAAUGCCCUUAUAGCGACAAGAUUCGUGACAAAGCAAUAGAAAUAUUGAAACUUGACAAAAAUCCGGACAUUUUCGAGAUGAUUCAGUUCGGAAAAUCAGUUUCUCUUGUAGAUAUCGCGUUCUAUUUGAUUGCACAGCAACAAUUUGAAAAUUAUAUCUACAAACACGGAACAUCAAAGAAGAGCAUCAUCAAAAUCACACAGACAGUCCAGAGAUUUGACGUUCCGUUGGAUACUCUUACGAAUAUUGCUGAAUUUGUCAUAGAAAAUAUCGAAAUUCUCGGUGAGAAGCCAAAGAAGCUCCAGAGAUCACUCAGACUAUUAAGAAUAGUACUAUCAAGGAUAGUUGAUUCGAAGAACCAAGAAAAGAAAGAAAUUAUGGACGAACUCACCGCAAAACUCGAAAAAUUAACGAUGAUAACCGCUGGAGAUAGUUCUAUGCAUAACGAAAUCGCUGGAAUAUUUAGCGAAUCAAUGAAAAUUUCAGCACCAACGGAUAAAAUCAUUAAUUUCAUUAUAGAAUCGGACAGUGGCCUUGGAGCCCAUUCUCCUUACACAGCAGAUAUAUUUACUAUCUUCUGCCUUGGCCAAUCCCUUACAAAAGCUUCGAGAUAUACAAUGACAUUAUUAUUUGAGUCGCAAUUGCGCUCGGAACAAGUCAUUGCAAUGAGAAUUUGUCUCUCAAUGGUAUCUAAGACCGCAAACAACUUAGCGUUCAAUCUUUUCGCUUCAAUUUUGCAGAAUUUCUUAAAAGCGAUUUCUCCAACCCCAGAAACCGAAUCAUUCUAUUGGCCGUAUCCAGAAAUUGUCAGUGUAAUUAUCCAUAGAAUUAUUUCCCACCCUAGAUUUAAUGAAGUAAAAGAUUCCUUCCUUAAAUCGGCUCUUAGUUCCGUAAUUCCUCCUCCCAGCCUUGCUGCCCUUUCAUCUCUCAGCGCCGCUUUCGGAGAUAUCAUUCUCUGCCUUUCACCUCCUCAGCCACUCGCCGGUGAAUACGCUGAAAAAUUUGCCAGAUACAAUACUUCUCAUCCUAACUUCAGUUCCAUUUGCAAACCAUUCACUGCAUGGCAGCUGAAAUACGCCAGGAACGAAGAAGAUGCGACAAACAUAUGGCUGGAAGCAGUGAAUACAAACCAAAAAGCAUUUAUUGCACGGCCAUGUCUCCAAACCGCUAUUGAUUUGGCCGACUCAGUGGCCGCACGCUUUGAUGCCGAGGAAAGCGCUUUCCUUCUUGUUGGAAAACUCGCUCUUCUCGAUCAUCCAUUCCUUUGGACUUAUCUCUGCAUCGCUAUGUACUUGAGAAGGUCUACUGAUGAUGCUGGACAAAGUAUCCUGAAGUUGGCUGAAGACGUCGCUGAUGCAAUGCCUUCAAAAGAGAGAUUUGAGGCAAUUAAGAACUUAUGCGAAGAAAAAGUUAUGAAAGGUGCCCUUAUUGCAUCUAAUUGUUAA